UGGAGUGCGGGACAGUUCGAGUUCGUUGCCAAUGUUAGGAAUUGUGCGCGUAGGGCGAUGAACCAGAGAAAACGCAUCGAAAAGUACAAAAAUGCAAAAGAAAGGAGUUAAAAGAAUAGCAAAGCAUAAGAUUACAAACAUUCGACACGCAAAAGAAAGAAAGAAGCGGCGUUUGUAAUUUGAUCUUGACAUUCUCGGCUUCGACACCACUUGAAUAGCACGUCUUCGGUUUCAAGCGCGUAGUACAGGCAAAGAUUGAAUUUCGAAAUUAAACAAACACAAGCAGUUAAGUAUAAGGAGUUGGGGAAAUUAAAAGUCUAACCUACGACAGUUUCGAAGAAAGAAAAAUUAAGUUCCUUGCGUGUCCAAAAUGAACGAAACGCUCUAUUGGCUACUGCGAUUUUUAAUUUUAGCAGUUGUGCUGGUGCCGCUAAGUUAUGCGCAGCAGUCGCCACAGGAGCAGCAACAGCAUAUACAGCAAGUGCUCGGCAUCGGUUUGGAUAAUCUUCUGCUGCACGCGCUCUACAACGACGCUCCGCGCCAAAAUGCCACAUACGACUUCAUCAUUGUCGGUGCCGGACCAGCUGGUUGCGUGCUCGCCAAUCGGCUCUCAGAGAAUCCCAACUGGACAGUGUAUCUGAUCGAAGCAGGUGGCGUGGAAGGCAUUUUUCAUCAGGUGCCUGUACUUUCCGCCUUUCUGCAGGGCACUCACUCCAACUGGGGCUACAAAUCGACGCCACAGAAACGCGCCUGCUAUGGCAUGUACAACAACGAAUGCUUCUUACCCCGUGGCAAGGUGUUAGGCGGCACUAGCUCCAUCAACUACAUGAUCUACAACCGCGGAAAUAAACGCGACUUUGAUCGUUGGGCCGCAGCGGGCAAUAAGGGCUGGUCAUACGAUGAGGUCUUGCCUUACUUUCUCAAAUCGGAAAAUGCCAACUUGGUUGGGUUAGAGAAUUCGCCCUAUCAUAAUAAUUCCGGUCCGUUGAGCGUCGAGGAUGUCCAAUUUCGCACGCCAGCAGUGCAUGCGUUUGUAAAAGGCGCACAGCAAGCUGGAUACCCGCGGACUGACUACAACGGCGAAUCGCAGAUAGGCGUAUCCUACGUACAAGCUAACACGCUGCGCGGUCGGCGGCAUAGCGCAUACCGCGCAUACAUCGAACCGAUACGGUAUCAGCGCAAGAAUCUCCGCAUCGUCACAAUGACGCGUGUAACCCGCGUGCUAAUAGAUCCAGUCACAAAGCGCGCAACUGGCGUAGAACUCGUGUACCGCAAUAAAUACUAUAAGGUACGCGCGCGCAAGGAGGUCAUACUUUCGGCUGGCGCCUUCAAUUCACCGCAACUCUUGAUGUUAUCUGGCGUUGGACCUGCAGACAAUCUCAAAGCUAUCGGCGUCCCAAUAGUGAAAGAAUUGCCCGUAGGCAAACUACUCUACGAUCAUAUGUGCCACUUCGGUCCAACAUUUUCCGUGAACACCACUAGAGAAUUACUCGAUGUUGCUUAUUUGAAUCCGCGCAUGGUGAAAUCAUUCUUGCUUGGCGAUCCCAGUACUAUGCUCUCCUCAAUUGGCGGCGUGGAAGCGCUCGCGUUCCUGAAGGUGCCAAGCUCUAAGCAACCUGCGGAUAUGCCCGAUGUCGAGAUCAUCACGGUGGCCGGCAGCUUAGCUGCAGAUCAGGGUAGUGCUCUUAAGAAGGGUGCCAAUUUCAAAGACGAACUAUACGACAAAGUCUAUCGUCCGUUGGCGGUCUCACAACAGGAUCAUUUUAGUUUUCUAAUAAUGCAAUUUCAUCCGAAAUCUGUAGGACACCUUUGGCUGCAUAACAGAGAUCCAUUUGAGUGGCCGCGCAUAAACCCUAAGUACUACUACAACAAAGACGAUGUGCAAUUCAUGCUGGAAGGCAUCAAAGAGGCAAUACGCAUCACUCAAACACCGGCUAUGCAGAGAUUGGGUACGCGUAUACAUGAUAUUCCGUUGCCUGGUUGUGAACAGCACACCUUCGGGACUGACGCCUACUGGCGCUGCUCCAUACGCACGCUAUCGUACACGCUCCACCACCAGGUGGCUACCUGUCGCAUGGGCCCUGAAAGUGAUCCCACCACCGUUGUUAACGCCGAGUUAAAAGUACACGGCAUAGAGGGCUUGCGAGUAGUGGACACAAGCAUCAUUCCAUUCCCGCCGACGGCGCACACCAAUGCGGCAUCGCUUAUGAUCGGAGAAAAAGCAGCGGAUAUGAUACGCGGCGAUUGGCAGUGAAAGUGAAAUAGUAAAAGUUAAGAAUAGAGGUAAAUAAAAUAAAGUUAACAUUGCUUUGCAUUAAGUACUGAAUUUAGGUUAAGUGUCUCCUAGUUCGAAUGGAAGAAAAUAACGGAACAUGAGGAAAGUGAAAUAAGUAUAAAAAACAACUUAAUAAAAUCAAUAAUCAUGUAAAUAUUUAAAACUGGUAUAUGAAUCUAAAGUUCUCCAACGAAGCAAGAAGUAAAACGCACAAAAACGUUUGAACAAGAUCGGUACAUCUAUGCGCUUAUGUAUAUGUAAAUGUAUUUGUGUACAUGGGUAUGUGUAGUUUACAUGAAUGCGAAGUCUUAAGUUAAACCUAAUUGUGUAUGGAAAUUAAAUGAGCACUCAGGAGCGGCGCAAAAAAUUAAGGUCAAAAGCCAAUUUCGAGUUCGUAUGAGCAUAGUGACGUAAAUGUUUCUAUGAAUGUACAGUGGUCGAAAAAAUUA